GGCUGCCCCUUCCCGGGCCGGCCAGACGCCGCCGCCGCGCGGGUGCCUGGCGAGCCUGUGCCGCGCGCCGGGAGGGUGGGGACCUGGUGUGUCCCGGAGCCCGCGGUCGCCCGCCCGCCUCGUCGCCGCGGGAGCUGGGGAGCGGCUGAGGUGGGCUCGGCCGCGGGAUGGCAAGUCCGGGCGACCCGGAACUUCGCCAAGUUUCCGCUCGAGCCCCCGAAAGGCAGCGUCGAGCCGAGGCGCCCCGCAGCGCUGCGCCCCCGGCCGGCAGCGUCCACGCGCCCUCCACCAGCAUGGCUUCGUCCUCCCAGUACCGGCAGCUGCUCAGCGACUACGGGCCGCCCUCCCUGGGCUACACGCAGGGGAGUGGCAGCAGCCAGGUGCCGCAGAGCAAGUACGCGGAGCUGCUGGCCAUCAUCGAGGAGCUGGGCAAGGAGAUCCGGCCCACGUACGCGGGCAGCAAGAGCGCUAUGGAGCGGCUGAAGCGAGGCAUCAUCCACGCGCGAGGCCUGGUUCGAGAGUGUCUGGCCGAAACCGAGCGCAACGCCAGGUCCUAGCACCGACUGCCAGGAGUCCGGAAACGCGGAAUUCUUGUUUUCAAAAUGUAACUGUUUCUCUUCCUGCGGUUCCUUGGCUGGGACCCGGGAAGGCGUCCUUCCCAGUUGAUUAGAAUUUGCGUUUCUGAAUAGCUAGCAACACUCUGGGUUUGUUUUUGUUUUUCCUUUAAGCAUCGAUUCAAACAAAAGGUGCCGGAAACCUUGGCCUUGGCUGUGGCCUCGGCGGCCGCAGACCUGAGCGUGCCCCCAGUCCCCCUGCCAGCGUAGACCCCACUCUCGGGAACUUUCCUGCUUAAGCAUCUGCAUGACUGUUAGUGCUUCGAGGUCAGGUUCUUACAUGCACAGGUUAUAAAUACAGAAGGAAGAGCGACCGCCAGGCUCCAAGGGCCCGAAGGCUUUCCGACCAAGACUAGGAUUUCAGUUUUGCCUCCUGUACGCUGCUCCAAACAUCUGGAAGAAAAUGACUUAAAAACAUUUGCAUCUUUGUAUGUAUUUAUUACUUGAUGUAAUAAAGCUUAUUUUCAUUAACAAUUUGUAUUAACA